AUGGUUCUGGCUCUGGGGGGCACUUCCCAUAAUAAGGAUUUAGAGAAGUACCUUCUGCUGGUUUACCAACUGGCUAUAAUGAUGCAGACCCUAUUUGCCUUUGAUGAGGAGGAAAUGGAAAUGAGGAACAAAGUGGUGGAAGAUCUGAAGACGGCGCUUCGGACUCAACCAAUGAGGUUCGUCACGCGCUUCAUCGAGCUGGACGGCCUCACCUGCCUCCUCAACUUCCUGCGCAGCAUGGACUACGAGACGUCCGAGAGCCGCGUCCACACGUCCAUCAUCGGCUGCAUCAAGGCCCUGAUGAACAACUCGCAGGGUCGCGCGCACGUCCUGGCCCACCCUCAGAGCAUCAACACCAUCUCGCAGAGCCUGCGGACGGAGAACGUCAAGACCAAAGUGGCGGUGCUGGAGAUCCUCGGGGCGGUGUGCCUGGUCCCCGACGGACACAAGAAGGUGCUGCAGGCCAUGGCGCACUACCAGAAAUACGCUGCGGAGAGGACUCGCUUUCAGACGCUGCUGAAUGAGCUGGACAGGAGUACAGGCCGCUACAGAGACGAGGUCAACUUGAAGACUGCCAUCAUGUCUUUUAUCAACGCUGUGCUCAAUGCUGGAGCCGGGGAGGACAACUUGGAGUUCCGCCUCCACUUAAGGUACGAGUUCCUGAUGUUGGGCAUCCAGCCGGUCAUCGACAAGCUUCGAGAGCAUGAGAACGCCACUCUGGAUAGGCAUUUGGACUUCUUCGAGAUGGUGCGGAAUGAGGAUGACUCAGAGUUGGCCAAAAGAUUUGAUCUAACCCAUGUAGAUACUAAAAGUGCAGGUGCCAUGUUUGAGAUGGUCAAGAAGAAGCUGAACCACACAGACUCCUACCCACACCUCCUCUCCAUCCUCCAACACUGCCUGCAGAUGCCCUAUAAGCGUGGUGGAGGCAGCCUGCAGCACUGGCAGCUUCUAGACAGGAUCCUGCAGCAGAUAGUCCUGCAGGACGAAAAGGGAGAGGACCCAGACUUGGCCCCUCUGGACAACUUCAAUGUUAAGAACAUCAUUCGCAUGCUGGUCAAUGAGAAUGAGGUGAAACAGUGGCGAGACCAGGCAGAGAAGUUCAGGAAAGAUCAUGUAGAGCUGCUAGGUAAACUGGAGAGGAAGGAGCGGGAGUGCGAGACCAAGACCCAGGAAAAAGAGGACAUGAUGAAGACUCUGAACAAGAUGAAGGAUAAACUGCAGCGUGAGGGCGUGGAGCUGCGUUCAGCCAGGGAACAAGUCCUGGAUCUGUCAUCACGCAUCAAUGACAUAGCUGGCGGCCCUGUGUCUUUCCCGCCUCCUCCUCCUCCCGGCGCCCCAGUGGCUCCGCCUCCGCCGCCGAUGAUGGGCGGCUUCCCUCCGCCUCCUCCUCCACUACCGUUCAGCUGCCCGCCUCCGCCGCCACCUCCUCCCCCGCCCGGCGGCCCACCUCCUCCACCGGGAGCACCUCCCAUGUUCGGAGCCCCGCCUCCUCCCAUACCCUCUUCUUUCAAUUCAGCAUCCACGCUGCGCUCCAAGUCCAUCCCUCAGCCUUCACAUCCUCUCAAGUCCUUCAACUGGGCUAAACUAGGAGAGAAUUUGAUCAAUGGCACCAUCUGGAAUGACAUUGAUGACCUGAAAGCUUUCAAGAUCCUCGACCUCAAAGACAUAGAGAAGAUGUUCUCAGCCUAUCAGAGACAGCAGAAAGAGACGGGCUCUAUGGACGACAUAUACGUCAGCACGAGGAAGGUCAAAGAGCUGUCGGUCAUCGAUGGCCGACGUGCACAAAAUUGUGUCAUCCUGCUUUCAAAGUUAAAAAUGAGCAAUGAAGAGAUCAAGAGGGCGAUCCUGGAGAUGGAUGAGAGAGAAGAGUUAGCCAAAGAUAUGUUGGAGCAGCUGCUGAAGUUUAUCCCUGAGAAAAGUGACAUUGAUCUCUUGGAAGAGCACAAACACGAGCUGGAGCGCAUGGCACGGGCCGAUCGCUUCCUCUUUGAGAUGAGCAGAAUUGACCACUACCAGCAGAGACUGCAGGCACUGUUCUUUAAGAAGAAGUUUGCAGAGCGUCUCGCUGAAACCAAGCCUAAGGUGGAAGCCAUCCUGAACGCGUCCAGGGAGGUGGUUCGGAGCAAUAGGCUGACUCAGAUGCUGGAGGUGGUGCUGGCCUUCGGCAACUUCAUGAACAAGGGCCAGAGGGGCAACGCCUACGGCUUCAAAGUCUCCAGCCUCAACAAGAUCGCAGACACCAAGUCCAGCAUAGACAGGAGCAUCACCAUGUUGCACUACCUGAUCAUGAUCUUUGAGAAGAACUACCCUGACACGCUGCACAUCCAGCGGGACCUCAACAGUGUACCAGAGGCCGCAAAAGUCAAUUUGUCAGAGUUGGAAAAAGAGGUGCACAGUAUCAAAAGUGGACUGAAGGCUCUCGAGGCGGAGCUGCACUACCAGCAGAGCAGGACGAGGGAACGCGGGGAUAAGUUUGUGGCUGUGAUCGGUGACUUCAUCACCGUGGCCGGCUUCAGCUUCUCCGAACUGGAAGACCAGCUGAGCGAAGCCAAGGACAAGUUUACCAAAUCUCUGAAGCACUUUGGGGAAGAAGAGGGCCGAAUGCAGCCCGACGAGUUCUUUGGGAUCUUCGACACGUUCUUGCAGUCGUUCAGCGAAGCAAGGCAAGACCUGGAGAACAUGCAGCGACGCAAGGACGAAGAGGAGAGGAGGGCACGGAUGGAGGCCAUGCUCAAGGAGCAGAGGGAGCGGGAACGGCGAUCCAAGAAGAGCGGUGCCUCAGACGAGGUUGGCGGCGAGUUCGACGACCUGGUGUCGGCGCUGCGUUCCGGCGAGGUCUUCGACAAGGACCUGAACAAGUUCAAGCGCAACCGCAAGCGCUCCGUCAACCAGCUGGUGGAGGGCGGCGGCCGCGAACGAGCUGUCACCAAGGUCAACUACUAGUUCGGGGAAAAGGAAGGAGAAAUUAAAAAAACAAAAAACAUACACACUAGACACCUAAAUUCUGCCGUGGUGUAGAUCUCUUAACACCUUUAGUCCAGGUUCUGGAACAGUGACCAUUGACAUUGGAGAGGAUGUAAAUAACGGCCGGACUGGACAUGUUGAGACAUGUAAUGGCAGCCACGUCGUUCUGAAGGAUGCCACGCUCUCCUCUGAUUGGUCUUGUAAAGCUAUUCCCAAACCGUAUGUCCCGGACGUUGUACGAUCUCCUGAGCUGGACACAAGGCAGUUGGGAUGGACGGAUGGACAGACAGACCACUGUGACACAUUAUCCCAUGUCUUUGACCAUAUCCUUUAAACACUGUGCUCAAGUUUCUCGCUUUCUAUCACUCCCUGUUUCACACUGCUCUUUUUUUUUGUCCACACAACCCCUUUGCUGUUCCACAGUAAGUUCUCUGGUGCUGGAGCAGCCCUGUCUGUUGCUAUCUGGCUCUGAAACACAGGGGUAUUGGGAUCAACCAGUCACACUGUACAUAAACGUGAAGCCGAGAGAAAGGGUUGGAAAAAGGACUCUGAAGCUCUUCCAUGGCUGGUUUAAAAAACAGGGGAAAAAAAGAAGUUGGGAUGGAGGAAAUAAGCCAUACCUCCACUGUCAAGGUCGCUUCAAGUGUCCAACAGAUGUAAAAGAGAUCUUUCAGCGACGGAAUGGAUGGAUGUUCAUGAACUUCCUUUACUGCAAAGUAGGGCGUAGAGUGUGAACGACAGAGGAAGGAUACAGCCGGGGGUUACUCGACAGGGCGUUAUCGUUCAUCCCAGUGGCCUCCUCCAGCACACAGCAUUCCCAGGGAGGACGCACGUACAUCUCCAGCUGCGAUUUCAGAGGAUACAUCUCUUCUCAAGGAAAAAAAACAGCUUGAUCCACCUGAAAAAAUGAGGACUGUGCCACAAGGUGUCACGAAUCACUUCCGCUCUUCAAUGGUUUCAUUGUUCUGGCAUUAACCAGUGCCAAAGCAAAGAGGAAGCAAAUGUAAAUGUAUUAAUACAAAAAACAUACUGCAAUUAGGCGUUUAUAUUUAUAUUUAGAUGCAGACAAGCUAAUUGCAAAGAUGUUGAGGGUGGUUUUUUUUGUAUGUUUUCAUGGCAUUUUGGGUUUUGUACUCGCAAUGCAUUAUUCAUAGGUGUUGCAAGUUCACAUUGCUGUUGAAGUGAAUUUAUAUACAUUUUGCGCUUUAUGUAAAAAAAAAAAAAAGAUAUUUGCUUGUCCGUUUCACACCUGUAUGUCUUCAUUUGCACUGUAGCUUUUCUGACUAACUUUACACUCGCAGGUUUUUAAGUCCAC